ACUUUCAAUUUUAUUAUCUAAUAUCAAUUAUCGAAUCGAAUCAAAUCAAUCAAUCAAAUUGAAUUCAUUCAAUUAUUAUCCAAAUCCAUAAAUAACAAUAAGUAAACCAUUGAUAAUAGAUUAUUGUUACUCUAUUAAGCGAUCAGUUAUGAAACAAUUAACAAAAAGCUGGUCAAUGGAUUCGUUUUAAUCCAGUUCAGCCAAAUAAACUAAAUCAGACCAAAGGUUAAUCAAAGUUAAAACAUGAAAUCAGAGCGACGACAAUUAUAAUUGUCAUUUAGAUGAUGUUGUUACUAUUUUUAGUUUUUCAUCCGCUUUUUAAAUUUGUAUUUAAACUGAUUAGUCUGUUAAUUGAUGAAACAAUUAACAUUUGAUUGUUUGAAUCAGUGUUGAAUUUUCAUUGAUUGCAAUUUAAUCAACUAUGGCUGAUCCAAUCUGGUCAAAUGUGAUUUUAAUUGGUGACUCCUUAACUCAGGGUUCGUUUGAUGUUUACAACGGAUGUUGGGGAUCGAUGUUGGCCCAAAGUUUGCAAAGAGUAAGCGAUGUCCUUUCCAGAGGAUUUUCUGGCUAUUCCACUAGAGGAAUAGUGAAAAUAUUACCCGAACUAUUUGCUAACGAAAAUUUCGAGAAAGUUUCUUGUGUUAUUAUCCUUUUGGGCUCCAACGAUUGUUUUACCAACGCUUAUGGACCGAAUGUACCGUUAGAAGAUACUGAGAAAAAUCUGACAACGAUUAUUACUCAUCUUAAAUCGAAAGGGAUUUCGAGUAAAAAAAUUAUUCUAUUAACUCCUCCCGUUUAUCAUCAUCAAGAUUCGAGUGAGGAAAAUGGUACUCGUACUCCUGACGAGUACAGUGUUGGUGUUAAACGAGUGGCCGAUCAACUCGAAGUCGAAUGUGUUGAUAUUAAUAAGAUCACGAAAGAACAUCCGAAUUCGAGAUCUUUGUUCUAUGAUGGACUUCACUUUAAUCGAGCAGGAGCUCAGGUUGUUUACGACGCUGUUUGGCCUUCGCUUGUUAAUCGAAUCAUCGAUUUUCAUGGUUCCUUUGAACUUAAAUUUCCAUCUUAUGAAGUUAUCGAAAAACCUGAAAGCGACUAAUUGUUAAUUUGUCGUUUUCUCACUCACUCUUUGAUUGUGUUUUUCUCAUUUUAAUGUUAUGACAGAGUUAACAUGAAAAAUUAUGUUUAUCUUUUGAUAUACAAGUUGUUGACAAAAAAAAAGAUGAUUUAAAUAAACUAGAGUAGAUUCAGAUGAUCAAA